GCCUUGGGCAGCGAAACUAAUAGUAUUAAUUAAAAACACCGGACAAGCUGUAACCGGCGAAUAAAUUAUAAUAGCUGACAGUGCGAGCGAUAAAUUAAACAGGGAAAAAAUAAUUAUAAUGCCGAACAUUGUCGCACUGAAGCUGAGCACCAGCCACCCCAUCCUGGCGGCUCACGGGGGCCGCAAGGAGGCGGGAGACAUCCUGGUGCUGGACCGAUUGGCGCUGCAGCAACAAAUCAGUGCGAACUUCAUUUUCCAUGCGAUUUCCAACUAUAAGAAGACGCCGAGCGAGCGGAAGACCCUCGAGUUCAUAGCCAAGAAGUGGCUGCAGAUCCAGUCGCUGUGGCGCGAGUUCCGGCUGAGGGAUAAGCAAAUACGGCGGCGAGGCCACAAGGAUGCGCACUUCCUGGAGCACGGCUACUUCCAGCAGGAGCUCUUCGAGCUGGUCCGCGAGAAGUAUUCGGCUGCCCGCGGAUGCCUGAGUCGCGACAAAAGAAAUCUGCUCACUGGUCAGCCGUAGUGUUUGCUCGGGCGGCGGAAGGCCCCUCAAUAAAGGCAAAAAGGAGCCGGCAGGAAAGAGGACGAGGACGAGGACGGGCCAAAGGAUAUGGGGACGUGUGAAAACUUAUUCCCCCGAAAACGCACCCAUUCGUGGGUGUUUGUGUGUGCAGUGCGCUGAGUCAACAGCUCGAUUCCCAGAUGAUGUCCGUCAACAGCGAUUCCAUUUCCAUUCCCAAUACCAUGUCGUAUCCGAAUCCGAAUCCGAGUCCGUAUCCCAAUCCAAUGGGCAAUCAAUCUGACCGGAUUGGACGCCCUCUAUACCCGAUGAUUGAUUGCACUCGGCGAAUGCUUAUCACACUUAUUAUGAUAUGCCAAAAGGUUAUACAAGUCACGCUGAUGACGACGAUUGCCUCGACGAAGGCGAUUUUAUUUAUUCAAAGCAAUAAAAAUAGUAAAAGCAAAA